GUAAUGGCAGGGGGGCGUGGCAAAACUACGGUCCCGCUUUAAGAGUUUACAACUUCGCGAUCGUCUCCAGACUUUGUCUUCAAGACGCGUGACUCACGAGCAGGAGAAGUCCUGAGAGGGAUUUGAGGAGUUUUACGCACGAUUGGAAAGGAGGGCGAGGACAUUUCUUCUUCCUUGUCCCCCGUGAGGACGAAGCUGUUUGGACUCUACCGAUUUACCGCAAGAAGGUGGGCUUGCCCGGAGUUUGAAUUGACACACGAGACUCAACUCGAAAGUAGUUUUUUUUGGUGUGAGGCUUGAAGGGUCGAACAUCCACAGCCAGGACCGAUUUGAGCCUCAUUUCACCGGAGAGGAUCUAACUGAGAGGAUGUAUCGAAACUUCGGGAACGAGGGACGAGGCAACCCGCCGUACACAGGCUCAGAGUCCAACACUGGAUCCCCGGGAGGCAGCAGCACGUCCACCACACAGGAGCAGAAGUAUGUCAUGGCAGGCAGCGGUCAGUUCGUCCCAAGCCUCAAUGCCAUCACAACCAGUCAGGACCUCCAGUGGCUGGUCCAGCCCGCCCUCAUGCAUCCACCGGGCCCUUCAAGAUCACCAGUGCCCCCUUACCCAUCCCUGUCGGGGGCACGGCCCCUGGGUCCACUACAUUCCCUGUCCCACCAAUUCAGGCCGGGCGUGAUCAGAGCUGCUGCCAGCCCCAUGGGUUCGACGAGGCGCAGGAACGAUGAACAUUUAUCCCAGGAAGAGGUGGAGAGACGCAGAAUAAGAAGGGAGCGGAAUAAACAGGCUGCGGCAAAAUGUCGCAAUCGCCGACGGGAGCUCACGGACACGCUGCAAAGUGAGACUGACCAGCUGGAAGAUGAAAAGUCCGUGUUACAGAAGGAAAUUGCUGAAUUAGAAAAGCAGAAAGAAAAGCUUGAGCUGGUUCUAGAAGCUCACCGUCCCAUCUGUAAAAUAGAGUCCUCCGAUUCCGAUUCCGAGCCGGGUCCAUCAGUUUCCUCUUUGUUGGGCAUCAAAAUAGAGCCAAAAGACUUCAGCACACCUGUAUCUCAAUUUUCAAUGAAGACGGAGAGACCCAAACCAAAGAUAACCAUCCCGACCAGGCCUGCCACAUCCUCUGCCUCUGCUUUUGUCACUGAAUCUGAAUCCCUCCACACCCCGGUUCUCACAUCUACUCCCUCACUUACACCAUUCACAGCAGCUAUGGUCUUCACCUAUCCCUCUGCCUCCAUAGACCCCAACGCCUCCACCACAUCCCAUGCUGCAUCACUUCAAGGAAAUGUCCGUCCCUCUCAUGCCCCGCAGACCUGUGGGGUAGCUCAUCGUCGCAGCAGCAGCAGCGGCGACCAAUCGGAUCACUCCCUGCACUCGCCGACCAUCAUCACACUGUGAUUGGCAACACCAUGAUCCUGAUGAAACACUAAUGUUUGUGUGUGUGUGUGUCACAAAAAAAGGAUCUCUGGGAAACCGGACACCAAUGAAAAUGAUGAUUAUGAUAACCAUUUCAAAAUGAACUUAGUACAUCUGCUUCAUCUCAUCUCUUUAGAAAGUUGAUUCUGUACUUAAAUAACAUGCAAUGUAGCGGCAUUAUCAGGAGAUGAAUGUUACACUCUGCUUUAGAUUUGAUAUAAAUAUACAGACUUUAUAUUUCUAACUUUUAGAACUAUAGAAUGACUAUGUUUGAAAGAGUUUUUUAUGAUGAAAGAAUUGCAUACAAUAUAUAUAUUCACAUAAGGUUUGUAAAGGCCUUCUAUUAAUAACUGUGAUAACACCAUAAAAUAAUAUAUUAAACUAAUAUCCAUAUAAACUAAUUAUACGCAUGUAUAAUGUUGCAUUUAAUGAUUUGUGACAUGGUUACGUCAUGUUGUGUAACACUUUAUUAAUGUCCUCUAAGGAAAAUAGAGUACUGACAAAUAAAUGGGUCUUAUUUUUAUAUGAACCUUUUUAAGAAUGCUAAGAUAGUCUAUGCAAACUAUUGACCACUAAGGCUGGGCCAUAGGAGUUAAUACAGAUUUUCAUAAUCAUGUAUUUAUUUUUGAGAGUGUAAUAUAUAUUUUUUGGUCCUGUUUUCUCUGGUAGCUUACUGGAUGGGCAGUGCCUUACUUUUUAUGUUUUGUCAAAGCUACUACUUUACAGAAAAUAAAUAAAAAACAAGUGUUCAUA